AUGAUCUACGGAAUUUUACUUGAAAGUGCUCGAUAUGGUGUUUGUGAAGUAUAUGGACAAGCAAUAUGGAAAAGAAUAGUACAGGAGUUAAAUUUUGAACAUGAAUCAUUUACGACACUUGGUCGUUAUGAUGAAACAUUAAUUGAGAAAAUUGCAGAAUGUUUAGCAGAAAUUUUACAUGAAGGCGGCCCUGAUUUAUAUAUGCAAUUUUUUGGUGAAUGUUUUGUAAAAUUUUUUACAAAUUAUGGUUAUGAUAAAAUAUUACGUGUUGCUGGACGACAUUUUCGAGAUUUUCUUCAUUCAAUUGAUCAAUUACACGAUUCAACUAGAUUUAGUUUUCCAAAAAUGAAAUCACCAUUAUUUCAUGUUACAGACGAAGAUGAUAAUGGUGCCAUUCUACAUUAUAAAUCAAAACGUCGAGGUUUUCAACGAUAUAUUGUUGGACAAUUAAAAGAAUGCUCAACAAGAUUUUUUAAAGAAGAUAUAUUUGUUCGUAUUCAAGAUGAUAUCUCAUCAAAUGAAUAUACUCAUAUUAUUUUUCGUGUGGAUUUCAAUAAUUUUAUGGCACGUUCAAUGGAAAGACGUUUAAUGCAAGGUCCAAAAUUACCUGAUGUGACGAGUACUACAUUUUUUAAAGUAUUUCCAUUUGGCAUUUUACUUGAUCCACAAAUGCGAAUAUGUCAUUUGGGACAUUCAAUAAAAAAUGUUUUUCCAUCUGAUACAUUAUUAAUUGGUCGUCAUUUAGAAGAUGUAUUUCGUCUUAUUCGACCAGAUAUAUUACUUGAAUGGAACAGAGUACUUUCAUAUGGUCGACAUAUUGUAUUUGUUAUCGAAAGUAGAAUUCCUCUUCGUCCAAGUCAAUCAAAGAAUAUGAAAAAAAGUGGUUCAGGUAAUCCUCAAAUACGUCUUAAAGGACAAAUGAAAUUAAUGGAAGCUUGGAAUAUGAUAGUUUUUCUUUGUCAUCCAGUAUUAACAACAACAGAAGAAAUGUUGUCUGUUGGUUUAUUUUUACAUGAUUUAAAUUUUUAUGAUGGUAGUAGUGAAAUACUUAUUGCUGGAAUGCAACAUGCUCGAUCAUUACAAGCUGCUAUUGAUAAACAACAUGCAUGGAUAACAAAAUUACAAAGUUCAAAAUUAGAAUUACAAGAAUGGCGUAGUAAAGGUCGACGUCUUUUAUAUUCUAUGAUGCCAAGACAUAUUGCACAAAUGUUACAAGAAGGUGUUUUAGCUAAUUCAAUAUGUGAAUCUCAUAAAUUAUUAACCGUUCUAUUUGCAUAUUCAAUUGAUUUUAAAGAUGUUAUACAAAAAUUAGAUCCACAACAAAUUGUUGAAUCAAUUAAUGCGACAGUUAAUGCAUUUGAUCAAUGUUCUGAACAUUUUGAUGUAUUUAAAGUUGAAACAAAAGCUGAUUCAUCUUAUAUGGCUGUUGCCGGUAUACAAGAUCGAUCCAUACAACCACACCGACGUGAAUCUACUACCAGUCAGUCAACAACGUAUAGUCUUUCGAUAGCAGAUGAUUUAGCCAACGAGAUGAAAAAUCCAUUAGGUCUUAAUCAUGCAGAAAUUGUUUGCGGUCUUGCACUAGAAUUAGUAAAAAGUUCUAAACGAGUUAUAAAUCCGGUUACAAAACAACCAUUUCGAGUUAAAUUUGGUUUUCAUUCGGGUCCAGCUGUUGGUGGAAUAGUUGGUGCAAAAAAUUACCAGUAUUGUUUAUUUGGUGACACAAUUAAUACGGCUAGUCGAAUAACAACAACAGGAGAGCCAGGUCGAGUUCAUAUAAGUGAUACGUCAUAUGCACUUUUAAGAGAUUCACAAUAUUUUGAAACACAACACAGAGGAAAAACAGAAUUAAAAGGUAAAGGUACAAGUGAAACAUAUUGGUUAAUUGGUCCAACACCAGCUUAUACAUCUCUUAUUGACCAAGAUCAAUAUGAUAUAGACGAUGAAGAACCUAGUGGACUUAGUUAUCAACAAACAACUAAAGCUGAAAAUAAUGCACCACGAUCUUUUGCUGAUACAUCUCCGAAUGGUCAUUUAGCACCAGUACCACGAACACCAGUUAAAAGUAACAUUAAUAAACGACCAUCACUCUCUGGUAGUCAAUGUCCGUUUAGUGGUCAUAAAAUUGGAAUCGAACCAUUUGGCAUGUAA